AUGGCUUCACCGGAAGGGGAAGCAUGGGUCGAGGUGGGACUUUUCGCGGUGGCCGAGGUGGUGGUGGUUCCAGCCAAGGAACGAGCGCAGAUGCUCCGACUGUCUUCUCGUAAGAAACCCUUGCCAUGGCCUGAAGCUUUCCAAGACGAAGAACUCACUGCUUUAUCAACCCGUAGUCACAGUCCCGGUGAUGUUCCCCAGCUCAAUGUGGAGGUCGAGAAGCUUGAGGGCGAAAUCGAGCACCAUGUCCUCAGGUCGUCCCGCCCUGAUCCGAGUCUCCCUAUCCGCCCUGGCUUUGGUACAGAAGGACGCAAGGUCUUGCUUUAUGCAAAUUAUAUGCAUCUCGAUUGGGGCAAUGUGGUUCUUUACCGCUACAGUCUCAGCUUCUCAACAGAUAUGGCUACCGGAAAAUCGAUCAAAGCAAAAGACCAGGAGCAAGUGGUAUUACUACUCCUCGCACAGAACUUUUCUCAAAAUCGAUCCAGCAUUGUCACAGAUUUCAAGUCCCUAAUCAUCAGCAAAACCAAGCUUAAUCCAUCCAGGCAGGGUUACAUCGUAACGUACAUGAUGCAAGGUGAAGAUGCACCUUACCCAAAGGCCAAAAAAUAUCGCGUUGGCGUGACCCUAGAGGGCACUAAUACUGUGUCGGAACUCAUCGCAUACCUGACCUCCACCAGAGCCGAUGAAGUCUUGAGCUCGAAAGAAACAAUCAUUCAGGCGUUGAACAUUGUCAUUGGACACAACCUCAAAGCGACUUCACAAAUUGCAUCCGUCGCAAGCAAUCAACAUUAUCCCAAAAAUCCUCCGCCGUCGGAGAAAUUCGACCUUGGGGUUGGACUAACGGCGAUUCGCGGUUUCUUUGUGAGCGUGAGAGCUGCGACAGGUCGUAUCUUAGUCAAUGUUCAAGUCAAGCACUCACCCUUCUACAACGCCGGCCCCCUUGUGCGUCUUGUGGAAGACUUCGGGGCUGCAACCGGCUUUGACAGGAACAAACUCGACAAGUUCCUCGAAGGACUCACUGUCCACCCAUCCCAUACUGCUCGGAAGAACAAAGCUGGCCAACUUGUUCCAAGACCCAAAGUCAUCAACGGGCUUGCCACCAAGGGGGAUGGCAGAAAACUUCCUCAUCGACCUAUUGUCCCUGAAUUUGGCGCAGGAGCGGAUAGAAUACAAUUCUGGCUCGACGCUGAGAAGAGAUAUGUCACUGUAUUGAGCUUCUUCCAACAGACUUACAGUAUCACCCUCAAAUAUCCUAGGAUGCCGAUCCUCAACGUCGGCAACCAGGAGCAUCCAGUGUAUUUACCUGCGGAAGUGUGCCAGAUUCCUCCAGGUCAAGCAUUCAAGCGCCAGCUGUCAAGGGAUCAGACGAAGAAUAUAAGUCGGUUCGCCGUUCGUACACCGGUCUACAACGCGCAGUCCAUUGUCCGAGAAGGGGUGGCGAUACUCAAUUUUGGCCAAUCGGCAAACCCAACGCACAAUACCUUCAAUCUGAACCUCAAACCCCGACUGAUCACGGUGCCUGGUCGCGUGUUAGGCUCCCCAAACGUCAACUAUGGGAACAAGAAGACAGUGGCUACUCGAUCUGGCAGUUGGAACAUGCAGAAUACGCAAUUUGUCUCGAACGUGAAUGUCGACAAAUGGACUUGGCUUUUCAUCAAGACUAAAAAUUACAAAGGCCCAUUGAGCAAUCGACAAGACCUUGAAGCCGCCGUCAGGGAGUUUGCAUCCGCACUCUGCAAGGUCGGCAUUCGGUGCACCAAUUGCAGCCCUGGUCAAGAGAUCACUGUUCAGUUCGGAACAGGGAAAGAAAUAUCUACUGUCAACGAGGAGGUGGAUAAGGCGAUUCACAAGAUUUCCUCUACCUUCUUCUCAACCUCUGCGGCUGCGCAGAAGCAAUUGGUUCUAAUAAUUCUCGCCUCUGACAAGCCCGAGCUCUAUAAUAGGGUCAAAGUCAAUUGCGACGUGCGAGAAGGCAUCAAUAAUGUUUGCGUGCUGGCUUCUACAUUCGCCAAAAGAAAUCCGCACGUUUUCGCAAAUAUGGCUCUGAAGGUCAACCUCAAACUGGGAGGUGUCAAUCAGUCGCUGAAUCCUUCAAAGCUUGGAAUUGCAGCGGGGGGGAAGACCAUGUUCGUUGGAUUGGACGUCACCCACCCAUCUGUCGGAUCAUUGGAUGUGGCUCCCAGUGUCGUUGGCAUGGUGAGUUCGAUCGAUCAGCUGUUGGGUCAAUGGCGAGCCAGCGUGGUGAUCCAGGAGAGGCGCAAGGAGAUGGUAUCGGGUUUGAAAGAGCUGAUGAAAAAGCAUCUUGGCUUGUGGAGACAACACAACAAGGGUCUCUUGCCGGACCACAUUGUGGUCUACCGAGACGGUGUCUCGGAGGGGCAGUACCAAGUUGUCCUUGGUGAAGAACGACCCCUGAUUCAAGCCGCGUGCGCAGAGGUCUACCCAGCGAAUGCCACCAAAGAGAAGCUCCCGCGCUUGAAUAUCACAAUUGUCAGUAAACGCCAUCAUACCCGAUUCUAUCCAACAAAGGAUAAUGAGGCCGAUAGUUCCAAAAACCCAUUCAACGGAACAGUUGUGGACAGGGGUGUGACAGAAGCACGAGGUUGGGAUUUUUGGAUGCAAGCACAUGCUACCAUCCAGGGGACAGCGCGCCCCAUCCAUUAUUUCGUGGUCUAUGAUGAGGUCUUCCGACACGACCAACAGCGUCAGGCGACAAAACCGACAGGUCCCCAGUUCACAAACGCUGCAGACGCUUUGGAGGAUCUCACUCACAAUAUGUGCUACCUCUUUGGACGAUGCACGAGAGCAGUUAGCCUAUGUCCGCCUGCAUACUAUGCAGAUUUGGUAUGCGACCGCGCCAGGCUGUACCUAAGUGAGGUAUUUGAACCUUCGUCCGAGAAGGAGAGCCCACCAAUAAGUCAAAACAUGGUCACAACGCACCCUCGAGUUGCUAACUCUAUGUUUUUCAUCUGA